AUGGACAAAGAUUGCGACAUGGUUUAUAAAAAUAUUUCUGACCUUUACAAAUCCGAAGAAUUUAAGACAUACGAUAACUUUGUUUCAUUAGUUGCAAAAUGUGUAUGGCAGAUAAGAGAUAAAGAUAGAAGAGGUAAAGUAUGGAAUGAACAGAUAAGACCCACUAUGUUUGAGAUGAAGAGAGCAAUUGACGCUUUAGUUAUUUUAGCUGGUAAUGUUUCAAUGUAUAACGCAAAAACGAUGCCGCAAUGUUCAAAAUGUAAAGCGUCAAUAAGAAAAUAUAACUACUCAGUCAAAGAGAUAGAAAGAAUGCGAAACGACUAUGCAGACUUAAAGAAAGAAACAGAAAAGCCAGCAGAAGAUAAAAUGGAUAUGUUAACAUUUCUUAAUAAAAACUAUCCAACAGCAGAAGAUUUCCUUUUAUCUGACGUCAAGAAGAAGUAUAAAGAAACCUUCGGCAUUGUUAAAACAUUAAUAGAAGCUACGAAAUUGUUUAGAGUCUCACGAAUUCAUAACGUUUACCAUGUAAAACGUUUAUAA